CCGGGCAUCUGGUACCGGACAAGCGGCGGCUGCGCGCAUGGAGGCGGCGGCGGCCCCGGCCCCGGGCGGCGGCCCCGGUACCCUGUUGCUCUGCCUGGCACUCGCCUCCGGUUUGGCUGUCUUUGGUUGUGUGGGUGCUGACACAAAUGUCACCACUGACCAUGGAACAGAGGGAUUUACCUGUGGCACACCCCGGAGCUGCAUGGGGAAUGUGACACACCUGAGGCGGCAGGGACACUUCUCCAAGUGCCCAGAGGAAUACAAGCACUACUGCGUCAAGGGGAGAUGCCGAUUCCUCAUGGCCGAGAAGACACCGGCUUGUGUGUGUGAGAGGGGCUACACGGGGGCUCGCUGCGAGAGGGUGGACAUCUUCUACCUGCGAGGCGACCGGGGACAGAUCGUCAUCAUCUCCUUGAUUGCUGCCAUCGUCACCCUUAUCAUCCUCAUAGUCUGCGCCUGCCUCUGCAGUCACCACUGUCGGAAGCAGCGCAGGAAGAGAAAGGCGGACGAGAUGGAGACAUUAAACAAGAAUUUGCCUUCCAAAAGCGAGGAUGUGCUGGAGACAGGCAUUGUGUGAAGGAGCUCCAGGUACCUGCAGGCGGGUCCCGGACAGAUAGCAGCACCGGCUGGCUCGAAUGGCGAGGGCUAAGACUAACGGCGGCGUUAAUAAAGGGGUGAACGGGAA